AUGGUCCAAGAUGAAGGCUGGGGGGAGGUCAAUAGGCAGAAGAGGAGUGUCCGUAGAGGCUGGGAUAAUGAGAGGAAUAAGGGCAAGAGAGUGGAGGUUUCUAGAGGCUCUAGAACUUCAUUUUUCUUCACUUCUUUUCCAGAAGGGUUAGGAUCAAAACAUAUGUAUGAGGUUUUUCAAGCUUAUGGUGAUAUUGAUGAGGUAGUCAUUCCUAAUAAGAGGGAUAGUAGAGGAAGGGGGUAUGGCUUUGUGAGGUUUUUUGGUGUAAGAGAUGCUGACUUCUUGGCCGCAAAGCUAGAUAAUAUUUUUCUGGAACAUAAGAAGAUUUUUGUGAACAUUCCCCGUUUUCAAAGGAAGGGGCCAUAUGAAGUGCAGUAUAAGAAGAAAGGGGUUACACUUGUUCAAGACAGGAAGGAAGGUGGAGGUGAAACCCAAGAACAUCGAGCGGUUGGGCAGAAAAUUAAAGAAAAUGCUGAUGUAAGGCGCGGCUCUUAUGCGGAAGUGUUGGUAACAAAGACAGUGCCUAUACAGAAUUCAGUAGUGGUGUUUGAUCAGGAUGAAGGGGAACUUGUGAGAUUUAGGAAAGUCUAUAUAUAUUUAGUCUUCAAACCGGGGAUAACUUAUAACCUACAAGAAAUUUUCAACUCCAGGGGUCAUCUUUCAAUCAAGAUUACACCACUUGGGGCCAAUAUGUGUUUGUUAGAAGAUCAUGCAGAGGGUGCAUUGCAAGCAUUGUUGUGGGAUAAAGAGCGAUGGAUGAAACAAUGGUUUAGGGUUUUACGUCCUUGGAAACCCUCUGAUAUUGAUUACGAAAGAAUUACUUGGCUGAUAUGUUAUGGUAUACCCUGUCAGAAAAAGAUGGAUGUGGCGCGCAUAUUGAUCAAAACUAAAAAGGCUGAAGCCAUUAAUGAGGACAUUGAGGUGGUGCUUAAUGGUGUUUCUUUAAAGAUUAAGAUGUUAGAAGAUCAAAUUAGUUCUUUGCGGGAGGGUUUGUUAUCAGAUGAUGACUCAGAUUCGUGCUCAAGUGAAUUUUCUGAAGAUGGAACAGGGGCAUGGAAAGAGGAGGAAGGGAUGGAUUCAGAUGAAGAUUGUGAUGUGGUACCUUGUUCACAAGGGUGUUCGCUGGGUGAAGCUAAUGAUGAUGCUCCCGUUCCAUUGCUUGAACCGCUGGUUCCUCAUGAACACAAAAUUCAAGGAAUGGAGGCAGAAAAGGAGAAAAAGUCAAUAAAGGAAACAUCAAAUCAGCCGUCUGCAGAAGCCGUGAGUCAGGGAAAGCGUUUACAACAGGAAUCUACGAGUAGCUCUCUUGCUCUUUUGGAUAAGUCAAAAGGCCUUAGAGCUGAGGCCCAAGUGAGCAUAUUGGGCCGUCAUCCAGAAUUGGGCCUUCAAAUGCCAGUAGCUGCUUCAGAAGAGGUUCGGUCCUUUAGAAAGACAAAGAGUCUAACAGACUUAGGGAUUCCUCUUCCUUCCGCAAUUAUGAAGAAUUCUAAGGUUGCCUCUUUAAUUCCGCCGGUUUCUAGGGAACCCUCCUCCCCUAUCGCAAAACCUUCUUACUUCUCAUCUCUUAGAGGGAAGAAGGCAAAGCCAUUAGAACAACAACCAUCUAUGUCUCAAUUCUCUUCAGAUAAAUUCUCUGGUGGCUCUAUUUUAUGUGGCAAUACAACUGGUGAUGCAGAGGUUACGCAGGGAAAUGUUCGAGUCUGGGAACGAGAAAAUCAAUUGAAGGCUGUGAAGAUUUAG